UUCCAGAUCAUAAUAACUCAUACAACAUUAUUGUUAUCUCUCUCUUUCUAUUGAACCAAUGGUUAACAACCACACCUACAAAUUUCCACAUGGAGGUGUUCAAAUGAGAAUCAUAAUGCUUAGUGUUAGUGUUGUCUACUCAAGGCUAUUAUUACUUUGUGUCUUCUCCUAUGAGAUUAUAUAUAACUAUAGUCUUUUGUUGCUAAAACUCUUAAGUUCUGUUAUCUACAAUUCUACAAAUCAAUAAAGCUAUGUACAAGGGAAGAUUUUGCACUUCUGGUGGGAUUAAGGCUCCACUUGGAUAUGUCGAAACCGAUCCUUCUGGUCGAUAUGGCCGUUUUAGGGACAUUCUUGGGAGAGGAGCAAUGAAAACUGUGUAUAGAGCAUUUGAUGAGUUCCUUGGGAUCGAAGUUGCUUGGAACCAAGUCAAGCUUGGUGAUGUUUUUCAUUCACCAGAGCAAAUUCAACGCCUUUAUUCAGAAGUUCAUCUCCUUAAGCACCUCCACCAUAAAUCCAUGAUGAUCUUCUAUGGUUCUUGGAUUGAUGUCAAUGGCAAAACAUUCAACUUCAUCACUGAAUUGUUCACCUCGGGCACACUUAGAGAGUAUAGGCAAAAAUAUAAGAAAGUAGAUAUUCAAGCAUUGAAGAAUUGGACACGCCAAAUUCUAAGUGGUUUGGAGUAUUUACACACCAAUAAUCCUCCUGUGAUACAUAGAGACCUCAAAUGUGAUAACAUAUUUGUCAAUGGCCAUAAAGGAGAGGUCAAGAUUGGUGAUUUAGGCCUUGCAGCUAUACUUUGCAAAUCCCAACUUGCUCAAAGUGUCAUAGGUACACCAGAGUUUAUGGCACCAGAACUAUACGAAGAGAAAUACAACGAACUAGUAGAUAUAUAUUCCUUCGGAAUGUGUAUGAUAGAGAUGCUUACUCUCGAGUUUCCAUACAACGAGUGUUCCAACCCAGCUCAGAUAUACAAGAAAGUAACAUCGGGGAAGCUACCAAAUGCAUUUUUCAGAAUCAAAGAUUUAGAAGCCCAAAAGUUUGUGGGAAGAUGUUUGGCCCAUGUCUCAAAGAGACCAUCAGCAAAGGAACUAUUGUUGGACCCAUUUUUAGCCACAAAACAACAUGAAGUGCCAUUGCUAAACACAACUACAAAUCAAACUCUCAAAGUUAAUUCCACUCAAGCACUUGCCAAUUAUAAACAUCUUUCUAUAGGUGAUCCAACAACAAGUAUAAAGAUGAAAAUCACUGGAUCCAUAAAUGAAGAGGAUAACACAAUUUUCCUUAAAGUGCGAAUAUGUGAUGAAAUAGGAAAACCAAGGCAUAUAUUCUUUCCAUUUGACACGAAAAACGACACACCUAUUAAGGUGGCAAUGGAGAUGGUAGAAGAACUUGAAAUUUGUCAUUUAGAACCAUUGGAGAUUGCUGCAAUGAUAGAUAAUGAGAUAUCAAAUUUAUUUCCAACUUGGAUAGGUACUCAUGGCAAGUGCGAACAUCAACUACAACAUAGCUUUAACUACGAAGACGACGAGGAUCUUAAUAACCAUAACCCUUUCGUCGUAUCAUCAUCGUCUUGUCCUUCUUCCCCUCAUGAUUCUCUAAGCUCAAUGAACUCCUACCAGUGUUCAACUUUCAGAUAUCAUCAUCAUGAAGAUGAGCAUGGGAAAACAAUAGAAGAAGAAGAAGAUGAUGAAGCAAAACAUAACAAGCUAAGAUCUUGUAGAUGUGGUGGCCGUGAAUCGAGGCGUCACGGAUGGUUGACGAUAAUGAAGAAUGGUUCAAACAUGGAGGAGCAUAGGAGCAUGCAGCUUCAGAGAUGGGAACUACUGGAAGAGGUGCACAAGAGACGGAUGUUCAACACGGUUGCUACCAUGGAGGGGAUUGGAUUUCAACAGCCAGAUGGAGGUGGACAUCAUCGUCGUGCCCGUUGAGAUUUUAUUUACAAGAUUGAAAUUUGAAAACACUUUGCUUUUUAAUGUUUGA